AUGGAAAAUUCACGUGGAGUAUCAUUGCGCAUAGCGGUUGUGGGAGCCGGGAUCGGAGGCCUUACAGCUGCCAUCGCCUUGCGACGAGCAGGUCACCAUGUGGAUAUUUAUGAACGAUCCCAGCUAGCCAAUGAGAUUGGAGCCGCAAUCCAUAUCACGCCCAAUGCCAACAGUAUCUUGAGCCAAUUGGGAGUAGACCAUGAGGAGCAAGGAGGUACCCGGCUAGAGCAGAUUCGAUUUUACUCCGCGUCUGGCGGACUUCUGAAACGCAUCGAUAUCGCAGCAAAUAGUCAUCGAUGGCAGAAGCCCUGGAUCCUUGCCCACCGAGCCCACCUCCACAAUCAACUGAAGAAAAAAGCUCUCUCUGAGGAUAGCGGUGGCGUAUCCACCCGGCUACAUACAGGUGUGCCUGUAAUUUCAGUAGAUUCUCUUAACGGAGUUAUAUUACUGGAGAACGGUCGGUCGGUCCAAGCAGAUGUCAUUAUAGGCGCUGAUGGGGUUCAUUCUCGGUGUCGGUUGGCCAUCCCAAACCAUACCAUUGCUCCAGCUCCUGCAUUAUUCAACGCAUUCCGGUUCCUGGUACCCAUCUCUGAGGUUCAUGCAGACUCGCGUACCGCGUCAAUCAUGGAGACUUCCGGGUCAAUGGACAUGUAUUACCAAGAUAACCGCAAGGUUGUCAUAUACCCAUGUGUUCGAAACACAUUGCUCAAUUUUGUGUGCAUUUACCCCGCUGAGCUAUCAUCUUGUGUGAGCGACAAUUACUCCAUGGCCGGAUCGAAGCAGAUGCUGUUGCAGAUUUUCCACGACUUUGCUUUACCACUCGUGGAUACGAUGCGUAAAUGUGAUGAAAAGGACCUGAAGCUAUACCCGCUCCUGGACAUGGCUACGCUUCCUGACUAUGUGAGCGGCCGGUUAGCUCUCGUUGGGGAUGCUGCGCACCCAUUUACUCCUCACCUAGCCCAAGGGGGCGCUAUGGCCAUGGAAGAUGGUGUUAGUUUGGGGAUUUUGUUAUCUCAGCUUCACAGCACCGACGAAGUUCCCGAACGCCUGCGUCUAUACAGCGAAUCUCGGUACCGGAGAGCUACUGACAUACAAAACUUCAGCCGGCUUGUGGGCCACGAGAACAACAGUGUCAGCAACGUAUCCAAUUAUCUUGAGUAUGGAUUUAGCCACGAUGAAAUUCACGCUUCGUCCCAGCGGCUACGUGAAUAUCAGUGGCAACGAAGGGCACGUUGUUACUGGCGCCAGCCGAUUGUAUUUGGACCUCUACCUGGACCAAGGCAAGAUGGUUGGAGCUACCCUCGCCCUAACGGGCUAUCAGGAGCACUCUCCACAGUGGCCACCAUUACAUUCAAGACGAGCGGGACACUUUUGCGCAACCUUCUCCCCUCACCUGCCUACAGCCUAAUUUCGCCAGACACGGUUGCAGAAGCAAGUGUUUCCGUUCAGUCAAUUCAGGGAUUACCAUGGCUCAGUGGUAAGGGCUACGAACUAAUUACUUUUCGUUUCCACGGGGUGCAAUAUUGUCGGCAGGACGGCUCGACGAUUCAGGGAUCGUACUGUCCUGUUCUCUUCGAAAAUCUCACGGAUCCUAUCCUCACCGGUCGUGAGGAGCUCGGGUGGCCUAAGUUAUUUUCGGAUAUUGUGGUCCAACAGCCUUCAGAUGCUGAAUAUCAUGCUGUGGUCAGUUGGAACAGGGUUCAAUGGGCCUCGGUCUCAAUGACUACGCUGCAGGAACAGGCCGUGGAGGGGCCAAGAAAGGUCAAUGACACAGCCCUUCCAGGCAGAGACUGCCUCUUAGUGCACAAAUAUAUCCCCACGACUACAGAUCAACCGUGUCGAGAAAUGGCGGAUGCGGACUACGCUGUGCUUGUGAAGAUGUCCCCUCCAGUUGUUAAGCGGCGCCUGCGAACAUCAGCAGCAAGAUUCAAGAUUACAGCCCGGGGUGAACAGGAACUGCCCACGCUUUACCCGAUAGUCAACCGCUUGGCUGAAUUGCCAGUUUUCGAGAUAGUGGAUUCUACUGUGGAAGUGGUUCAAGGGAUGGAUGACUUUUCCACAGCCUCUCGCAUAAUCUAG